AAACAAAAUGCAAAGUCUAUCAGGUCCGUCCUUUUCUUCCCCUUUCCAGGCAUAAUUUCAUGCCUAACUUCCUCAUAGCACCCGUCAGAUCGGCGACCCUGGUUCUGUAGUGAGAUUGUAUAAUCACGUACGUGGUGUACAGACGAGGACCGUUGUUGUCGUCUUUACCUGCAGAUAUUUUGUCCAUUCCAAAACCCAAUUUUUUACAAUUCGACCGAACAUUUUCCCCAUAUAUCCCCAAUCCCUUUAUAUCAGACGUCCGAUCAUGGUAAAUUCUGUAAACAUGGCACUGAAGAUGCCAAAAAACCACCGCCUGACUGGGCUUCCAACUGAGAUCCUUUUGGACAUCUAUCAACAACUAGACCUUGAUGGUGUUUUCAACCUUUGCGCCACUCACAGGACGCUACAUGAACUCUUCGACAAGAGAAAGGCCUCGAUCUUACUUCCUGUCCUUGUCAGGGAGUUCAGUCCGUUUGAUGAGCUCCUUCAGGUUUAUACGGCUUCAGUUGAGGAUCUUGAUUCCCGCGGUGGACUGUAUGCUCCACGCAGAGUCGUGUUUAAACGAUUCCUUGGAGACACUGGAAUGGUGUUAGCUCCGCGUUCAGAGCAUCAGCCUGUUGUGUCAGCGGACGCUGUUGAAGGAUUCAUCACGCUGAACAAGCCAGGCAAACCUAUCAUACCCCGCGCUCAACCACUGAAAACCGUUGUUCUGACUGAGAACGAUCUGAAGCCACUUCUCGGCUACUGUUCCCUUGUACUGAGAUGGCAAGCCAGGUUCCCUCAGAUGAGAUGGUUCCAUGAGCCCGAAAAUUGUCGUCUGCUUCGCGAGCAUGAGGCUGAGAGGUUCCGCAGAGCCAUGUAUCGAUGGUGGCUUUAUGGCUUCUACUUUCACGGAGACUUCCCCCGACCUCGUGUUGGCCUUCCAGAGCCUGGCGUGGAUGACAUUAGACUAAGUCAACUUCGAUUAUACUCUACAUGCGAGCUGGUAGAGCUGAUGGACCUGGUCGAAACCAUGAAGGAUGUCGUCCUCCACUAUCUCUGCCCGCGGCUUGACCCUAGUCAAGACGAAUAUGAGGGCUGCGAUUCGUAUCUUUAUGAUGUUGUCGACCGACCUGACUCCUUGGCAAGAGGCUGGCGGGAUCAGAGUCGUUGGGGCCGUAUUGUAAAGACUUACUGCAAACUUGGCCCUAAAGAUCUUAUGCAUCUAUUUGAGAACAUCUAUAGCUACCCUCGAAAACGCCUUAUUACGGAAGCCCGGUCUCUUCAACCAAAUCUCACUUUCGACCAAGAAUCUAUCUCGGUGUCAACACAAUGUGUCCUGGAUGAGCGUCAGUGGUCCUUGAACAUGCCUACUUUGCCUCUGGAUGGCCUAGGAGGUGUGAUUGACUGGGAUGAUGAGCGCGACGCUGAACGCGUCAAGUUCGGAAGUGAUGCCAGUCUGGAUGGGACAUUGCCAGGGGGAGCUCGGAUGCUUCGGUCUUCAUCUCACUACUCGCCUCGUGGGGAUGAUGGAUCUUAUCUGGAGGAUGUCCAGCGACAGACAAGGAUGGAGGGUAGGUAUAUGGUUUCGUUCGCUUAGGCCUGAGUGCCGUCGAUAGACAUGUUAUCGUUUGUCUAGUUAAUCAUGAAGUUUAUGGAUUGUGGCAGUAUUUGUUGGGGUACUGCACGUGGAUCGUCAGAUGCGAUCGGAAUUAAGUCCAAGGCUUCUCAUUUAUUAGAAAUGGAUUUCCUACUUGAGUAAUACCCGUAGUGUCUCCUGAAUCGCCCAGAUGUUACGUUCUCACCAGUGCAUUAACCAGUCGACCGUGAAUUACUGCCGUAGAUUAGGUACUCUUUGUAGCAGCUAGGAUAGUCAGGAGAGAUACUUCUUCAAAAUCGCAGUCCAACCCAAUGAUUCAUGAUCAGCAAAUACCUAGGUAAGGAACAAUGCCCUUUCUACCUAAGGCACCUGAG